CGGAAGUAAUGAAGAUAGCCGCAACCAGACGAAUGUUUGUUAUUAUGUACAAAAAUUAUGAUAGAUUGGAUUCUUUUGUCCUGUAAAUAUAGCGCUACUAUUGUGAAAUGUCUAAUUACAUAUGGCAUCACUGAACCGGAGAAGUCACUGUACCGUGAAGCCUUUGUAGUGCUGUGGAACCCUUGUGAUGUGAUGAAGCUAUGGAGAUUCCUUGAAGCAAAUGGACAGCAUCUCAAGUUGCCAUACAGCUGUUUGGAGUAGGGCGGCCCGUGGUCAAGACAGCUGCCUUCAAUUCACUUAUUCUUACCCGCAGAUUUUAGGAAAUAGUACGAGUGAGAUUUCUACCUGCUAAAAUAUGUUCGAUGCUCAAAUCAAGCGGUCGGAUGUAGAGAGCCAAGCUGAUGAUCAGUGGAAUCCUUCUAGGCCUGGAGAGCAUGAAAAUGACGACACUCCAUUCGAAAACGCUCUGCCACAAGAUGAUAUGGCAGAAAAUUAUGACACUAACCCGAAAGAGCAAGAAAAUGAAAAUAAAUUUGCAACAUUAACUACAAACAAAAUGAUAGGUGGCUACUCAACAAAGAGCAAGAAAAAACAGCCGGGAGCGGGGCAAUUAAGGCCUAAAAGAGCUCUGUUUUGCUUGACAUUGGACAACCCUGUUCGCUCUGGAGCGAUUACUAUCGUCGACUGGAAACCGUUCGAUUUUUUCAUCUUGGCCAGCAUUUUUGCAAACUGUGCCGCUUUGGCAGCUUACGAACCACUCCCAUCUGGAGACACGACAAGUAGAAAUGAAAAUCUGGACGUCGCUGAGUACUUUUUCCUGGCAGUGUUUGCAAUUGAAGGGCUGCUAAAGAUCAUUGCGUAUGGCUUUGUGAUGCAUCCUGGUGCAUACCUGCGCAAUUGCUGGAAUAUUUUGGAUUUUUCUAUAGUUGUUAUUGGAUUUGCUUCCAUCAUCUUCGAAGAGUAUUUGAAAAGCGGAUUUGAUGUGAAAGCAUUAAGAGCAUUCAGAGUCCUUAGACCUCUGCGCUUAGUUUCAGGUGUUCCAAGUUUACAAGUAGUUCUGAAUUCAAUAAUCAAGGCUAUGAUGCCGCUGUUUCACAUAGCACUUCUUGUGGUUUUUGUAAUUAUUAUUUAUGCCAUAAUUGGAGUAGAACUAUUUAUGGGAAAACUUCAUCAAACCUGUUAUAACAAUACAACAAACGAGCUAUAUUCUGCAGAACCUCGACCCUGCAGUAAUUCAACUAACUUUGGCCGACAAUGCCCACCGGGAACGGUUUGUAGAAGUACAUGGGAAGGCCCUAAUUAUGGGAUUACAAGUUUCGACAAUGUUGGCCUCGCAGCACUCACUGUAUUCCAGUGCAUCACAUUGGAAGGCUGGACAGAUGUGCUUUACGGCAUACAUGACGUAUAUGGCAGUGCGUGGCCUUGGAUCUACUUUGUAACACUAAUAGUCUGGGGAUCAUUUUUCGUUUUGAAUCUUAUUCUUGGUGUUCUCAGCGGAGAAUUUGCGAAGGAGAAAGCAAGACAACAGAAGUCAGGAGAAUUCCAUAAAAUAAGAGAAAAGCACAUGAUUGAAGAUGCAGUGAAGGGGUAUUUGGACUGGAUUAACCAAGCAGCUGAUUUGGAGGACGUUUGUGCCGACGAAGAAGCUGACAAUGAAUCAAUGGACAAUAUUUCGGCUGAAGCAAGAUUGUCCUUCAGACGAGAUAGUAAAGCAAGUCGAUUGUCGUCAGGUCUUGUUAACCUGCAGGGCUAUCCCCAACAACUUCCUCUUAGGAAAAGAUUGAAGAAGCUGCACCAUCGUUUGCGUCGCCAUUGUCGAAAAAUUGUCAAGUCGCAAACAUUCUACUGGAUUGUAAUAAUCGCAGUCUUCCUGAAUUCGCUGGUGUUGGCAGUUGAGCAUUACAAUCAGCCACAUUAUGUCACUAUGUUUCUGGAUAGAGCAAACUAUUUUUUUCUUGGCCUGUUUACAUUUGAAAUGCUGCUGAAAAUUUACUGCCUUGGUUUCCAUGGAUACCACAACUCUUUGUUCAACAGAUUCGAUUGUUUGGUUGUUAUUAGCAGUCUGCUGGAAAUUGCCAUAACCGUGCCAACUGGGUGGCCUCCAAUUGGAAUCAGUGUACUGCGAUGCGUUAGGUUGCUGCGAAUCUUCAAAGUUACCAGGUACUGGGAGUCUCUUAGCAACCUGGUAGCCUCGCUUGUGAACAGCAUCAAGUCGAUUGCAAGUUUGUUGUUGCUGCUGUCUCUAUUCAUAUUGAUCUUCUCUCUUCUUGGGAUGCAGAUAUUUGGAGGAAGGUUCAAUUUAGGCGAAGAAGCUGCCCCGAGGACAAACUUCGAUUCCUUUUGGAGAUCUUUGAUUACUGUGUUCCAGAUUCUGACCGGUGAGGAUUGGAAUGCAGUCAUGUAUUUUGGGAUUCAGUCUUGGGGAGGAAUCAAUGAGCCAAUGUCAGUUAUCGCAAUCGUUUAUUUUGUUACCUUGGUGAUCGUCGGAAAUUAUAUUCUUCUAAAUGUAUUUUUGGCUAUUGCCGUUGAUAAUUUGGCCGAUGCUGUAAACAUGACCAAAAUUGACGAAGAAGAGAAGCGGAAGAAAAAAGACGCCAAACUGAUGAAAAAGCUAGCCUGGAAGACAAAAAUGGACAGUCUAGAUUCGGAAGGACGAAGGGAAUCCCCCGAAGCAGCCCAAGAAGUUGGUAGUGAAGAGGGCGAAAUGACAAAAGAUGUGGAAUUGGGGGAGAAGUCAGCAACGAACGGUGCUCUUAGAAAGAUGGGAGAAACCUUUAGUUCAGAUGCAGAUUCCAAAGCAGAAGCAAGAAUGCGGCCUUUAAGGCUCUCAGAACUGAACCUUCUCAAAGACAUUCCAGAUCCGAUGCCCGAAGAGUCUGCAUUUUUCAUAUUCUCUUCAAAAAAUAAGUUCAGAUAUCUGUGUUACAAGCUGGCAGUGAAUAAAAUCUUUGUCAACUUCAUCCUAGCACUGAUUAUAUUAAGCAGUAUUGCGCUUUGUCUCGAAGACCCAUUGGACCGUGCUAAACUUAAAAACAACAUAUUGGAGUAUUUCGACAUAUUUUUCACAGUGAUGUUCACAAUAGAAGUUACAGUCAAGAUGAUUGGUUUUGGUGUACUCCUCCACAAGGGCUCAUUCUGCCGCAGCUUUUUCAACCUUCUUGAUUUUGUUAUUGUUGCAGUAUCAUGGGCCGCUGUAAUGGCUAGGGGAUCAGCAAUAAGCGUAGUCAGGAUUCUUCGUGUUCUUCGUGUUCUGCGGCCUUUGAGAGCAAUCAACAGAGCUAAAGGCCUCAAGCAUGUUGUUCAAUGUGUGUUUCUUGCCAUCAAAAGCAUUGGAAAUAUCAUGAUUGUCACACUGUUGUUCCAGUUUUUGUUUGCUGUAAUUGGCAUUCAGCUGUUCAAGGGAACCUUCUUUUUCUGCUCUGAUGAUUCGAAGCUUACCGCGGAAGAAUGCAAGGGGACUUAUCUCAGCUACUCAGGGACAGACUUCUCAAACCCAACGGUUCAAGAGAGAGUCUGGAGUCGCCGCAUGUUCCAUUUCGACAAUGUUUUUCAAGCGUAUCUCAGUUUGUUUGUCGUCAUGACAUUUGAAGGCUGGCCAGGAAUCCUUGAGCACUCCAUUGACUCUACAAGUAACGAUCGUGGUCCUGCAUUUGACAAUCGCCCGUUUGUCGCCAUAUUCUACGUGAUCUAUAUAAUAAUCAUUGCGUUUUUCAUGAUCAACAUAUUCGUUGGUUUUGUUAUUGUCACGUUCCAACAAGAGGGCGAGGAGGAAUUCGCUGACUGUGAGCUCGAUAAGAACCAGCGCAAGUGCGUCGAGUAUGUGUUACAAGUGAAACCAACUUAUCGCUUCGUGCCGUCAGAGAGGUUUCAGUAUCAUAUUUGGAGGGUUGUGACGUCACGCCUCUUUGAGUACAUGAUAUUUGGGUUUAUCGUUGGCAACACUGUCGUUUUGGCUGCUCAAUACCAUAAUUCUUUCGAUUUGUACAACAAAGUGCUCGAUGGGUUCAACAUUGGUUUUACAGCAGUGUUUCUUCUGGAAUGCGUUCUCAAACUGAUUGCUUUUAAUUACAAGAACUAUUUCCGAGAUCCGUGGAAUAUUUUCGAUUUUAUCAUCGUUCUUGGAAGUAUUGCUGACAUUAUCAUUGGAGAAGUUGGGAAAACUACGGCUAUAAAGUUCAAUUUCUUCAGAUUAUUCCGUGCCCUAAGGCUGGUUAAACUGCUCAGUCAAGGAGAUGGGAUCCGAACUUUGCUAUGGACAUUUAUGAAAUCUUUCCAGGCUCUGCCGUUCGUGGGCUUACUCAUUCUUCUGCUGUUUUUCAUUUAUGCGGUUAUUGGCAUGCAGGUGUUUGGUACGAUCAAGUCAGACCCAGAUUCGGUAAUCAAUGAAAACAAUAAUUUCCAGACAUUUCCACAGGCAAUUAUCGUGCUAUUCAGGUCAUCUACUGGUGAGAACUGGCAGCAAAUCAUGAUGGCCUGUGUUAAUACGGCAGAUGCUGUUUGUGAAACUAACCCAUCGAAAACAUGCGGAACAGAUUUUGCUUACCUCUAUUUCAUGUCCUUCUAUAUGAUCUGUUCAUUCUUGAUCAUUAACUUGUUCGUCGCUGUAAUCAUGGACAAUUUUGAUUACCUGACACGUGACUGGUCAAUUCUGGGUGCCCAUCACCUUGAUGAAUACGUUAGAAUCUGGUCGGAGUACGAUCCUGAAGCGAGUGGACGAAUGAAACAUGUAGACAUUGUUUCAAUGUUGAAAAGAAUAGAGCCUCCUCUUGGUUUCGGCAAAUGCUGUCCCCAUAGAGAGGCCUGCAAGCGGCUGGUAAGCAUGAACAUGAUGAUGAACAAUGAUGGCACUGUCGACUUCCAUGCAACGCUGUUUGCGCUCGUGAGGACGUCUCUGAAUAUCAAAAGGCCAGAUGUAAAGGAAACAAUACUUCACGCCAACAAUGAGCUUCGAUCCAUUUUGAAGCAUCUCUGGCCACGCACUAGCGAAGAUCUUGUCGACAAACUGAUCCCACCCCCAGACUAUUCAGACGGAAUCACUGUAGGCAAAUUCUAUGCCACAUUCUUGAUACAAGAAUACUUUAGGAAAUUCAAGAAGAAACGACAAGACGAGAGAAAGAAAAAGAAUGCCGAUAGCACUGUUGCACUGAAGGCUGGUUUACGUACAUUACACGAACUUGGACCAAAAAUCAAGAGAGCAAUUUCAGGAGACCUUGUGGAUGAAACUACCAAGGAAGAAGAGGAAGAAGCUCCAAACAAAAGACACAGCUUCAUGGCUGGUCUGAGAAGAGGGUUUGCUUCAAUCGGAGGCUAUGAUCGAAAACGAAGCUCGGUUUACAGCCAGGUGUCAAAUACACCAAAGGGAACACCUUCAUCUUCCAGAACAAAUAUUGCUGUUCCCAGAAAAACGCCAACGAACCUUCAGGAGCCCAAAGAUAAUUCUAAAAGACUGUCUCUCCCGCUUUUGAUGUUGGACAAGCAAAGGAAAACAUCCUCUCAAACAAAUUUGCCAAUCGAAGGGCCCAGCGAAAAACCCUCCAUUUUGAAACGGCUAUCGCCAAGACUUGGGAGAAAGCGACAUCCAAGACCAAAGUCAACACCAUUUGAAAUCGGCCAUCUUGCUGGAGACGGGAAUGUUCCACAAAUCGUCUUGUCUCCGCAUUCUGACACUUCCACUCAAAGCAGCAUUUCAAGAAAUCUUAGUGGGGAGGCGACGCCUGAAGCCCAGUCACGUUCAUCAGAUGUGAACUCAAAUCUGCUUGCGUCAUCCGUUCCCCAACCCUUGAGUAGGCCUAAAUCAGGAAGUAGUACAAGUUUAGUGGAGCAGGCUUUAGCGGAGGAAGGCCUUCUGCGAGAUGAGUCCCUUGUGAAAACGGUUGAGCAAGAACUGACUGAAUCCUUGAACAUUACGAAGUCAGAAUUAGAGGGAGCUGCAAGAGACAUAAUAACAGACUUUGAGAAAGAAGCUGGUACCACCCUCGGGUCUCCGUCUGAAAAUGCAAGGUCGCCUUAUCAAAAUGAAUUCGAGCCUGAUUCGACUCCAUCACAGCCACCUCCAUCUUAUGAGGAAACGCGGCACGAAAGGAGACCAGACAGGACUAGCUACCUCUGAAGAAGAUUCGGAAGCUAGCCUGGUUGCCAGUUUACUGGCGGAUGAUGUGUCUUGAAGCCUCAAGGCUGGUUUGGCUUAAGGCCCCAUAUGAAGUUGUGCUGUUUUGAACAAGAUUCCGGUUCAUCACGUGACUUUCUACGUCGUAAUUUUGUAACUUCACCCAAUAACAUCGGAUGAAAUUGAUCACGUGAUAGGCUUAAUAAUAGUUAACAUUUUCAAAUAAACCGAUUGUUAAAAAUCGACAAUGAACAAUUUAUAACAUGCAGUCAUCAAAUUAACUGUAAGUAGAAUGGCAUUUUUUACUGUUCAAAUAGUCUAUUUUUACUUGUAGGCCUAGUUUUUUUUUACUUGAAGCUGUUGAGUUCAAGUUCGUUUUUCAUAGCGAAAACUGAACAGGAUAUUACGAAUGCAUACGUUUUUAUAAGCUUAGAUAUGCAAGUUUGUUAUGUAGGCCUGAAAACCUUAAAAUAUUUAACGCUUAAAAUUUAAGAUGAAAGGUCAAAGCGAAACAAAGCUUUGUACCAAUUAUUUUUUCAAUGCUUUUGUUCAUUUUAGGCACCUAUGACGUAGCGUUAAUGGCACCAUUAAACAAUUAAUUUAGGACAUUAAUUUAGGACAAUGUAAAAUAGAUCCUUUCAACUAAAGUAAAGUGUAAAAUGACGCAUUAGCCGGCCCUCCCCUAAAUUUUGAAGCCCCACUUCUUUGACAUCGUUUGGUUGAAAGUUCGUUGUAACAUUAGUUGACAAAGACUAUUUUAGGAGCUUAGGCAAUUGAAGAGAUAAACACAAUUUAGGAAAUAACAUGUAUCCAGUUUAAUGAAUUUUCGAAAAUCACGAUUUUUAGGGAGCCAAUACUUUUUCAAUUUGUAUUUUGCAGCUGAAAUUGGAAACCUUUAGCAUUUAUAUUAAAGUUACAAUAAAGAAAAAAUAGAAUAAAGGAUGUUUUGAUUCCCCUUGGUUUGCUUGUCAGAGAAUCUCCAGUGUGUAUCCAUCUCUGACAUUUUUUAGGCGAGACACGGAAUUCUGUGAAUUAAUCAAUUGGAAUAAGCGGUGAAAGGAAUAACCUGUUAAAUGUUAACAUAUUGUAGAAACACGGAAAAAAUUUGUGCAUAUCUAAUAUGUACGUUUUGUAAAUUAAAUUUAGGUACAUUGCACUAUUUUGUACCGUACUAAUGAUAUUUUUCAUUUUGUUCUCAUGUCAACAUUUUAUUUAUUGUUGCUUCAUGGUUUAUAACACAACAAAAA